AUGCGCAAGAACGGGUGGCAGCUGCCGUUCCACGUGCUCCAGAUCGCGACGUGGGUGAUCUUCCCGGGCAUCAUCGCGCUCUUCUUCAUCUUUUAUACGCCCAUUUUGGACAAGACCGUGGCGAUUAUCUUGAGUGUUGUAUACGCCAGCGCCUGUGGUUUCACGGUUGUUGCCGUGGCCUUGUGCACGGGCACAGACCCGUCGGAUGACUGCAUUCUGAGACCUUCGACGGCUGAUGCGGAAGACGUUGAUUCAGAAGACCGAGUGUACUGCCACGUCUGCAUGCAAUACGUGAAUGACCAGAGUCGACACUGUCGGCUAUGUGACAAGUGUGUAGACGUGUUCGACCACCAUUGCAAGUGGCUCAACAAUUGCGUGGGCAAGAAGAAUUACCGCUACUUUCUGGGCUCUGUCUUAGGCGCCUCGGUGUUCCUAGGAGUACAGAUCGUUAUAGGCAUUUAUAUUGCCGUCGAUAUGUACACGAACGCAACGGUGAUGAAGCAACAUCUAGCUACGAGCUACGGUUGUGUGAUGGGAAAGGACAGUGUGACGAGGUUAUGCGUAGAUGGACACUACCACAUCUCGCUCCAGACGCUACGGAUCAUCCAUAUCUCGCUUCUGGUCUUUCUGAGUCCGUGGUUGCUCAUGAUUGGGCAACUUGCAAUCUUCCACUGCCACUUGUGCUUGGAAAACAUCACGACUUAUGACUACAUUGUCCGUCAACGGAAGCGGAAUAAUGCCCAAGAGCGGCAAAACACUGCCCGUGUUUUAUGGUGGCAGAGGUGCUGCGGUAGGAAACACGUCGCGGAGUCCGCGCAAAGCAAUCCGAAAUCCAGCAUGAAUCCGACCAGUGACUCACGUGUGUCGGACGAAAGUGUGCGCAGCGAGGCCGAAGAACUGGCAGCCAUCGAAGCCGAAGUGGACGACAGUUUGGACGUGCUGAGCAACCGAAGCGGCGAGAUUCGCGAACGCGACAGAAGCCGUUUGGGAAGCAGCUUGCACAGUAAAGACAGCAGUGGUUCAAGGCGUGGAUUUGGUCGCCACGUUAAUUUGGCUCAGCAACGAGGUGGUCCGGCCAACGUCAGUGCAAGAAGUGACGUGUAUACCCCGCGAUCCGAAAGUGGGGAUACAAGUUACUUGGCAGCGCCAUACUCUCCUGGAAUGAUUGAAUCUCAACGCUCUGAUGCCAGUAGCUUAUACUUUGCUGCUCCAAGCGAUGAGAUCGAUCUGCGAAGCGCGAGCGACAUGAGUAGCGAGCGUGUUCCAGCUGACAAGAUAUCGAGUGACUCGGCCGUCGUGAUGUUCGGUUGGUCACCCGUCCGGUCACCUUCAGGGAACCGCAUCGUGUAA